AGUACUUUCCAUAAAAAUGCAAGGGGGGCUUGAGUCGAAGGGGAGGACUCUGUUGACAGGGGUGGUGUCAGUGCGUAUAAAAGCUCACAGCUGAGAGGCACACAGCACGUUGGGAAAACAUUUCCAAAGAGGCCAAAGGGUUCCCCCUCUGCAGCCAGCAGCUCUUCUCUACAGCAGCACUCCUCUGCCACCCAAACGCUUCACCAUGACUGAGAGACGUAUUCCUUUCACCCUGCUCCGCACUCCCAGCUGGGACCCCUUCAGGGACUGGCACAGCCGCAUCUUUGACCAGUCCUUUGGCAUGCCAGCUUUGUCAGAGGACUUUACCACAUUCCCCAGCACCCACUGGCCAGGGUACAUGCGCCCCCAAAUGAUGGCUCCUGACAUGGGUGCUGCUAUGGGUGCUGCUAUGAUGCCCCACACUCCUGUGAUGUACCCCGGCGCCAUGAUGGCUCAGCAGGCCCGUGCUCUGUCACGACAAAUGAGCACCGGCAUAUCAGAGAUCAAGCAGACCUUAGACAGCUGGAAGGUUUCCCUGGAUGUGAAUCACUUCUCUCCUGAGGAGCUGGUGGUCAAGACCAAGGACGGAGUGGUGGAAAUCAGUGGCAAGCACGAGGAGAGGAAGGACGAGCACGGCUUUGUGUCUAGAUGCUUCACCAGGAAAUACACCCUCCCCCCCACAGCUAACGCCGAGAAGGUGACCUCUUCUCUGUCUCCUGACGGCGUCCUGACCAUAGAGGCUCCUCUGGUGGUUCCCGCCAUCCAGUCCUCAGAGACCACCAUCCCCGUCAACAUGGACACCAAGGGGGGCAUGGUGAAGAAGUAGAAAGGGCAACUUUUUAUCUCCUGCUCCCAAACAAAAACACAUUCAGAAUCCGCACUUUAUUUCCACCACAUGCUUCUAGAUUAUCUCCCCUCCUAAAGCAGUCUUGUUGAGAGGAGGGCAUGGGAUUGCCCUUGCUCUCCUCUCUCUCUCAUAUCUCUCCUCUGUCUCUGGUAAAGAGCCAACCCCAGCUGAGUGCACAGAGUAAACACAUCUGCAGCAGAGCCAUACGCCUGCUUGUUCUGCUGUAAUUACACUUCUCUUCUGAAUGGAGGAACUCUCAGCUUAGCCUCAUGCACAGAUCUUUUUUUUUCUCUGCCUCACUUACACACAUGUACACCUUUUUCAAAUCCCCUACAUGCUGCCUCUACAAACAGUACUGUAAGAACAUAAGAUAAAGAGCUAAAACCUCAGAUGAGCAAACAUACACACCAGCUGUUGGUGCAGAACAAAUCCUCUUCCAUCAUGGACUGUUUUCAUCCGCUGUGGCCUCUGGAAAGUUUGCAUUCAUGCAGAAACAAAAUAAAGAUUUAACAACA